AGUCUAUGCAUUAGUGAUAACCUAUGAUCCGCGCUCAACUGUCAUGGCGGCGGCCGCCAUUGCGACAUAUGUGUGUGACAAGUCAUGACAUUUAUGUACAAGAUUUAUGAAAAAAUCCAAUGGCAGAUUCAUUCUUUGGGUUCGAUACUUCAUUAUCGAACUUAAAUGACGACGAAGGUUGCGCAGAACCCUCAGAGGACGAAUACGAUGCAUUGAACGAUGAGACAUUCGGCCAUGGAUCCGACGAAUAUGACUGGGAGGUGGAACAUGAGCACCUCGCCGGACAGCUCGAGAGCAGUCGACGCCAGAACAGCGGCAUCGACGAGAUUGCCAACUCACAGCUCGAGCUGUCACUGUCGCAGUUAGUUUUGGACGAUACGGACGCGCCGCAGUCCGGGUCGCUCGGCUCCAGCGUUUGGAGAAACGAUGCGCCCUUCCCAGGACCGCAGGCCCCGGCGCCGCUCAAGAACGUAUGCACGGUCGAAGAGUUGGAGCGGCAGCUGCGUCACGCGCAGUCGCAACCCAUGCAACAGCACUCCUCGCAGCAGCCGUACAACUCGCAGAACUACUACCAGCCAAGGUUUCCGGUGAUACUACAAAGACCUCCAGGCUUACAAGCGCCCGUAUUAGUACCGUUCGUAUCCCAGCAGCACAACAUGAACCAACCAAUGAACACAAUGCUCAGUCAGAACAAUCAAAUUCCGCAAAACAAUCAAAUGAUGAGCAAUCAAAUGGGCCAAAACCAGUUUAUGCAAAACAACCAGAUUGGACAGUUUCAGAACAGUCAAAUGGGAACGAAUUUAGGGCCUAAUGUACACCAGAUGAGGCAAAACAUGAAAAUGAAUCAAAUGGGUCCAAAGAAACCUAUGCCACAGAACUUAAAUCAGAUGAGCCAAAACGUUAAUCAAAUGCCCAAAAAUAUGACACAAAUGGGACAGAAUAUCGCCCAACCACAUCCUCAAAUUAACCAGAACAUCCCGCAAAUGAAUCCGAACAUAAAUCAAAUGAACCUGUCUCAGAUGCCGCAUAAUUACAAUCACAUGAACCAAAAUUCUAGCCAAAUGGGUCCAAGUAUGAAUCAGAUUGGCCCAAACACAAACCAUAUGGGACCAGGUAUAGGCCAAAUAUCCCAACCGAUUAACAAACUAGGUUCAAACGUUAACCAAAUGACGCCCAACAUGAAUCAAAACUCAAAUCAUAUAAAUCAAAUGAUUCCCAAUUUGAACAAAAUGCCUCCCAAUUCUCAGUUGGCUCAAAAUUCAAACCAAUUAAGCUCUAACACAAAACCGAUGGGUCAAAACGUGAAUCAAAUGAUGAACGGUAACCAGUUUGGCCAAAUGAAUCAGUUCCCGCAUAUGAUGGGCCAACCUCGCAUGAUGGGGCCUCCACCCGGUAUCAAUAUGCCCAGGCAAAACUACAACCAGCAGAACGUUGGACAGUUUAAUUCCAACAUUCGAGGGCCGACACUGAAGAAUGAAUCGCAGCAAGUGCCCACUCAACAAUACAAUCAGAUCGCGAACAAAAUGAGCCAGCCAGCCAAAUCAGUAUCCCCGCAGAGGCUAAAGAAAACCGAAACGAAACAAAAGACAAGAAUCUACAACAACACAAAUUUAUCCUCGCAGAAUUUAGUUCAAAUAAUACAGAACACUCAUCCGAUACUGCAGUACAACAGCGGGUUCCAUAAUGCAUCGCACCAUCCCAUGCUGGGUCGUGGUCCUCUGAACAAUCAGCUCAACCAUCCACUCUUGAAUCAGAGGCAGAACGGAACCUACAGUAACAGAGAGUCCUCGCAAGACGAGGAGGUCGCCAACGAAGACGAGUACGCUGGUCUCAUGUCGCAGAGAGAGAAGCAGUGGCUACUGAACAUACAGAUGCUGCAACUGAACACGGGGACUCCGUACAUACACGAUUAUUAUUAUACCGUCUUCUUAGAAAGGCAGGCAAAUAAAGAGAAGGAAGGCGUGAAGGAAGCUCACAAGGCCAACCAACAGAAUCAUCCCUUCUACAGCGGCACAGUGAAGCAAGACGGUCACCAGCACAGAGAGCGGCACAACUCCAACCGACACAACUCGACGGGCGAGGAGGCCGGGGCUCCGCGGGCCUACGUGCCGACGCAGUUCGAGAACUCGCUCGGGAAGCUGCAGUGUGGCAGCGUUACUGCCCCAAGGAAGUUGAUAGACGUGGAAGUGGUCGGUGGAGAGGUGGCACCCUCCAGGAUGUCCAGAGCUUCCAGUGUGGCGAGCACAGCCAAUCCUGCUGAAGCGCCUAGAGAGAUGAAAAGGACGAAACAAUUGCUCCUAGAUAUAGAAGCGCUGUAUCUGAUCCUGUUGAGAUUAGAAGAGCUAAACGACCCGCUGGCGAUAUCCAAUGCGUUAAUACUGAAGGAAAGAGAAGAGAAACAAAAACUAUUAGACGUAGCUCAGAAAGAACUGAACAAAGAGGAUGACGACGAUUCUAAUCUGUUCUUGAAGAAUAUAGAGUCGGUGCAGAGGAGGCCCAAACAGGAGAGCCCCAAGAACGAGAGCAUCGAUAAGAGACAGGUCGUCAACCUGGCGGUAGCCCAGAAGCCGGCACCGGUGAACCUUCUGGACGAGAACAAGGAUGACCUGAUCAGCAAGAUGUUCGCGGGCCUGCUGCACGCCGACCGUGUGGCGCAAAUGAUGAACGUCAGGAAGGGAAGGAUGCUAAUAUCUCGCUUCGUGAGGCGAGUGGGUCCGAGUCACCCGCGCCUGCGCACGCUGUGGGGCCGCCUGCUGAGGGCGCUCACCGUCGCCCGACGUCACGACCCGACCGUCGAUCUAGCGACCCCGUACGCAGAAUACAUCCAGAGCACGACGGGCUGGUCGGCCGUGCUGGAGUCGUGCAGCGUUCUGUCCGAAGCGUUGGAUCCCGCUCGCACGCCCCACGCUCUGUCGUCAUCUUUCACGCUCUCGGCCAUCUGCGCUCUAGUACUGAAAGCGUCUACCCUGGUGAGCACGGGUGAGCCCUCCGCCGGUGAGCGCCAGUGGGCCAAGUUCCUGCGCACGGCGGCCCGCGCCCUCCGCGCCGCACCGCCUGGCCCCCGCCCCUUGCGCCCCCUGCCCGAGCCCCGCCUGCGCCGCCACCUCCGCCAGCUCGAGGCGCGCGGCCCCGUCGAGAUCCUGCAGCGAGGUCAGGCGCCCAACCUCGUCGACAUGACGAAGCAAGAGAUGCACGAGCUGCUCGUGAAGCACCUGUGCUGAUGUCCGCGGGCCGAGCCUCGACAGAAGUGUAACUUCUCGGGCUGCAGAAGUGUAACUUCUCGGGUCGGGCAUGCGGAGCUCAGAGCUUUAGUGCGGCGCUUAUGAAGCUCCUGAGCGACGAAACGUUUUACUAAACGAGAAGACACGUUUUUUUACUAAUUAACUUUUAAUUUGUUUUCUUAAUUUUUAUAUGUAGAGUACGUAAUUGUAAAUAUAUAUUCAUAUAUAUAUAAAAGAAAGAAUGACAGCAAAAUCGAUGCAAAAUUAUUGUUUAUUUUUCUACAGGCGGCUACAUAUUUCUUAUUCUGUGUUGCCAACGGUCGAGCGAUUGGUUAUUGUUGUGCUUUUAAAUUGUAAAGAUUAAAACGGACAGUUAUAUAGUAUAUGAUCUGGUUAUCGGGAGCUGACAUUUUUUAUUUUAUUUUAUUGUCAUGAUGUCGAGGGGUGAAAGGCUGUUUUUGUUUACGUGACAUUUAUCUUUGUAAUUAAAGAUGCGUUUUAUUUGGUAUCAAGCAUCAACAAUUCGAUGUUUUUAAUUGAACUUCAAUUAAGUUUACACCAUUCAAAUAAUUGAAGUUUUUUUUUAUUAUGAUAUAUUUUCUCCAAAUUUUAAACUUUAAAUGGCUCUGCUGUAAAGUUGCAAAAAUGUCGCUUAUACCAAAAUAGCCAUUCACCUUAACCUAACCUAACCUUGUCAGUUGAGAAAUCUUCUUUCGGAAACUCUUUGAUUUCACCGAAUUAAUAUAUCGGAUAACAUUAACCUUAUAUCGAAGGUUAUUCUAGAUCAGAGUUCAUUCCAAAUGCAAAAACUAAAACUAAAAUUGUUACAUAUUUUUUCUAUUUAAACAUAUUUCUUGGUUGGUUCAAUAUGAUGUUUCGCAUACAAUCGUUAAUAGGUAAUAAAUACUUUACGUUAGAUCUAAGGGAAUAUAGCUCGUAUCGCUGCUAGCAUAGGACGUAUAAUGCAUUGAACUCGCCACCGAAUACUUUAUCUAACCGGGACUACCUUGUUGAUAGUAAGUAUCGCCUCUAUAUAGAGUCAAUGACCACUUCGUAGGCCGUUAGAUCAUAUUAUUGUACUAACUACCCAUAUUGAGGUCCUUUCCUUAGCCAGCAAUGUACCCCGAUUUAUUUGAUUUUGUUACAUUGCGCGCUCUUUAGAGGACGGUUCAAUACGAUUUUUUGAUGUGUAGAUUUUCUGCGGAUAUCCAUGAAGGCUUUAUUCUUUAUUUGACAAUGACUUGACGUUUCUGUUUGCAACGUUUGGGGGUAGAUUAUAUUAGAAAAUUGAGGGGAGAGUCAAGGGUACACAAUUCCUAAGGGAUAGAUAUAUUAAAGACGAUGACGUAAUUAUCCUAUGAUUAUCCUUAAUCUGGCUUAUAUCAAAAAAAGAUUUCCAUCGAUCCUUUUCUGGUGGGAGAAAUGUUGUAUUUUGCAAUAAGAUUAUCAACUUAAAUGUAUUUAUUACUACAUUACAUACAUAAAUAUAUGCAACGUUAUAUGUAUGUAGAGCGUAUAUGUUUCUUUCUUUUUUUUUUUUUCAUUUAAUCAUUGUAAAUAUUAAAAGGUUUUUUUAUACACUAAAGUAGUCGUAGUGUAGAUGUUAGAUUGCUUGUAAUCAUUAUAAAAAUGGUUUAAAAAAAAAAAGAAAUAUAUAAUUAUAAGCUUUUCUUAUUUUAUUAAAUAUGUAAUAAUAAAAUUAUGCUUUUAUUAAACGAUCCAUCGAAUUGUGGAAGGAAUAUGUUUGGAAUCCAUAAAAAUUCAUGGAUAAAAUAUUAUAUAUUUAGAUAUAAUUAUGAUAUCUGAGGAUUAAACUUGUUUUUUUUAUUCAUCUGUUUGUGUCUGUGAUUAAAUAAGACUCUGUAUUGGUUCGUUUUGCUCGUGUUUUUUUUUAUUUUUUAUUUGAUUUUAUUACUUUAAUGUUUUCCAUUUUAUUGUCGUCAAGUGUAUCAUUAAUUAAUUAUUGAUGAAAGAGAAUAAUUUUAAUCCUCGGAUAGAAAAAGCGAAUGCACAUCACAUAAUCUGUUCUCGAAGUGAUGUGAGUUUGGCAAAAUGGAAAAAUGUUUUUUUUUCCUUUCUUUUAGAAUUAUUUAAAAAAAUAAAAUAAAAAGUAAAAAAAUUGAAAAUGUUAUUGAAAAAAAUUAAAAAUAAAAACUUGUACAUUUGAACGGUGGAAACGAGACUUGGGUGUAAAUGGGAUUGAUUUUGUAUUUAAAUAAAUUAUAAAAGAUAAAAAUAAAUUAAAUUUCAAUAAAUAAUAGGCAAUAAAUCGGACUUGGCAAUGAAUCGCGAACUGUAAUAUAGUUAUCGUAAGGGAUGUAUUUUAAAUUUGAAAACUAUCAUCGGAUCAUCAGUUUUAUAAUGACCUUUCUCAAAUCACUAUGAGAAAAAAAUUUAAUAAUUCUAUUUCUUUUUUGUUAUUGGUAACACCAACGCGUGAUGUCACCGGUGGGUAAUCGUUUCUCGAGUGUAUAGUCUAUGUACUUUAGUGACGUCACACGUAAGGACGAGCUUUUAGAGGAACAGUCCGAUUCUCUUGUCUAAUAGUAGAGCUGUAAGGUCGGAUGUGAGCGCUGGAAUUGAUAAUGCAUGAAUUUUAUUGUUAUUAUUUGUUUUGUGUUCAUUGAGCGCUCUCGCUUCCGAUUUUAUUUAGCUCCGGAUUUCGAAGGGAAUCGUAUCGUGUAGGUCACCGGUGCCCUACGCGGCGCCGCAAUCGAAUACUGCCACAGAUUCUCCGCUGAGUGAGUGAGAUGUUGAUGUAAUUAAAAUUUUUAUUUUUUUUAUUUUGUUAGAUAAUUUAAAUGAAUACAAAAUGAAAGGACGUAACGAUGAUAUGUAAAGAAUUUGCAAUAACUUUUUUAUAAGCGAAUUACAGUAAAUUGAGUAUUUAAUGUCCUUGAAAUGUUUUCGUCUGAUUUAUUUUUAAUUUUUUCGGUACGCUUAUAAGCGCUCGCUUGAUCGAUUGAGCCAUAACGUCUUAGGUUAGGUUUCUAGAUUAUUCUUUUUCAAUUACCCUCGGAUCUGACUCCUCGUGACGGACGCGGCUACAACCAGACGACCCAACUUCUUGAUGCAUUUCAAGAUCACCUAUAAAUUUAAAAAUAAAGAACGGAUAUUUCUAAAAUAAAAAAAAAUCGAUAUUAGAAUUGCAAGUUUUUAAAUAAAUAAAAAAGAAAAUGUCACUUGAAUUUUAUGGUCACGACGCGACGCAUCGAAAUAAUGAAUUUGUUUUAAUUUCGGUGUGUCGUUUGUAAAUUACUAUAUAUGUACUAUAUAUAUAUAUAUAUAAAAAAUAUUAUAAUGUUUUUUUUUAUGUUAACAUCUCGUAAACGAACCCGCAAUGUAUCGCGUAAUGGGAACGAUAACGAAGCGUUGUAAUUGAAACACUUAGAGUUCCCGCUAUGGAGGGUAGAGGUAAGGAGAACCGUCUUUGUGUGUGAAAAAGUGUCCGUUAAAAUCUACUAAAUAAGGGUGGCGCUACAGUAGCAACCGGGUAAAUGUUAAAAAAGGCGCUGAAAGUUAUUAGAAUUAGAUUGAGAAAUAAAAAAGGACGAAAGAACUGUAAGCACUGAAAAAUCACAAAAAGUAUUUUAUUUAAAGCUGAUAAGAAAAUGCAAUCGAUGUCUCCGCGUUUUACCAUAGCCAUAAUUUUAGGUUAUAUUGACGAAAUUAGUUUGGACUACGUAAACAUGUGAGGUCUUGUAUUUACACCGUCACUGACUACUGUAGUCAUUAAAUAUAUUAUUUCCUAACUUGGCAUACUUCAAUCAGUGAAUAACUGCUCAAUUCAUAAGCGCCAUUCUGGAGGAUUUUUGAACUCUUUUAUUUAGUACUGUGUAGUGGGACACUUUUUCAAGCUUCUCCCAUAUGAGACGGUUUUCCUUACCUUUAUCCUCCACAGUUCCCGCCCAGAAUGUAUUUGACAUUUUUGACAUUUCAUAAUGUUUAGUUGUUUUUUUUUUCGAGCGCAGAGCCGAGAGAUUCCGGGUUCGGUUACGGAAAUACAUUAUAUAGAUAUUCGAUGAAAGGAAAAACCCAUAUUGUAUUAUUUAAUAUACAAGAUUUCAUAUAGAAAGACAUAUUUUCAGAAGAAAAUUAAAAAAGAAAAAAAAUAUUAACACCAAAA